AUGCCUGGCGAAGCCAUAGAAACCAUCCCUGCCACAGAGCAGGAGCUGCCACAGCCCCAGGCUGAGACAGGGUCGGGAACAGAAUCUGACAGCGAUGAAUCAGUACCAGAGCUCGAGGAACAAGACUCCACACAGACAGCCACACAACAAGCCCAGCUGGCAGCAGCAGCUGAAAUUGAUGAAGAACCAGUCAGUAAAGCAAAGCAGAGCCGGAGUGAAAAGAAAGCAAGGAAGGCUAUGUCCAAGCUGGGUCUUCGGCAGGUUACAGGGUUUAUUAGAGUUACUAUCCGGAAAUCUAAAAAUAUCCUCUUGGUCAUCACCAAACCAGAUGUCUACAAGAGCCCGGCUUCAGACACCUACCUCGUAUUUGAAGAAGCCAAGAUUGAAGAUUUGUCUCAGCAAGCACAGUUAGCAGCUGCUGAGAAGUUCAAAGUUCAAGGUGAAGCUGUUUCAAACAUUCAAGAAAAUACUCAGACUCCGACAGUACAAGAGGAGAGUGAGGAGGAAGAGGUUGAUGAGACAGGUGUGGAAGUUAAGGACAUAGAAUUGGUCAUGUCACAGGCGAAUGUGUCCAGAGCAAAGGCAGUCCCAACCCUGAAAAACAACAGUAAUGAUAUUGUAAAUGCUACUAUGGAAUUAACAAUGUAA